AUGCUCGCCCGUCAAGCUAUCAUCAGGUCUUCCCAGACUCUUCGCCCCAUUGCGACUUCUUCAUUCCGUCCCCUCGUACUCGCCAGGUCAUUCCAAACCACCCCAUUCUUCCGAAACGAAGCUCCUUCAACAAACGCUUCCUCUUCUUCUUCGACCUCUGCUGCUCUGGCAGAAGAGCCUGCUGCUCCUCUGGAUGCCGAGUACGAAGCUCUUCUGAGGGGACAGGCUGUUUUGGGUGAGGAAGGCGAGCUGGAAGAGUUCGUGGGCGGCCGAGAGAGGUGGUACCAUGUGGCUAGGAGCGAGGGAGGAGAGUUGCCUGUCUAUUCCAAGUUCAGGAAUGGAGGUCAAGUUACUACUCUUAUUCGCAAAAUCGAAACACUGAGAGAUCAGUUGAACGAAUUUUUCCUGGCCAACCACCUCGACCCCUUCACUUCGCCCCCAAGAGCCACGCUCAGACCGACGAAUGGACACAUACAGAUCAAGGGGCAUUAUGUUGAGGAUGUGAAGGAUUGGCUGUCUGAAAGGGGUUUCUAG